CUCAUGCUCCGAGGGACCUAGAGCAAAAGCUCUAACGCCCCUCCUACCUCGGGCGCUCUCCCCCUACUCCACCUGUCAACCUGGCCUCUAGUGGGGCGCAUAAGGCGGAGAAGCGGAAGGAGGCGCCUUCGACCUCGGCCACCCCGAGGGGAUCCGAGUCCCCUCACAUGACGGACUUCGGGCAUCCUUCCCGAGUCCAGGUGGCCUUUCCUCCUCUGCCUUCCUUCUUGAGGGGGGAAUAUGAGCCGGAACCUUUCCCGCGGAGCUUCACUCCUCCUCCAGACCGUGAAGUUCUCCGUGAUGCUGAUAGCAAAGUCGUAACCUCGACUUCCCUUCCGGAUUUGUGCUCGGCGGUGAUGCGCUUCGCCGAGGUGAGCCAGCGGCUACGGCUCAGCGAAGAGGAUAGGGCCAAGGCCCAUGCUAAGAUGGCGACCUUCCAUGAGAAGAUGGUUGCUGCCAUAGUUUCUAGAGAACCCAUUCAAGUGUUCAACGCAAAUGGAACUUUCACUCGGAUAGAAAGUGGUUUUCAUUUUCUCCAGGGGUACACAUUUUUGGCGGGACAAAAAGAGAAGAGGGGAGGGAGAAUGAGCUCGUCGGCUGCGGUAGAGCCAGAUGGCACCACUCCCUAUCUCGUCUGCCGGAUGGACAACGUCCAAGGCGUCGUCGACGCCCUCACCUCCGUCCGCUGGAAGCGCUAUCAGGAUGCUGUCAUCGAGAUAUCGGAGCACGGCUUGGUGUUGAUCGUGGAGGAAACCCGAUGUCUUCAGGGCAAAGUUUAUUUGCAACGCGAGCUGUUCAGUCAAUAUGAAUACCGUGCGGAACGGAGACCUAGAUUCGGAAUGAGCUUAGGUCUAUUUGUGGAUUGUCUCAGUACAUUUUCGGUCCCCGGAAAAUCAAGUGCAAUUGAACUUCGGUUUCCAGGGCCUGAUAUGGAGCUUCUUCUCAAAUCAGUUGAUUCAUCUAAUGCUUGCAUUUAUGCGGAGAUCAGAACAAGGAUUCCUGAGACAAUGCCAUGGGACUGCAACUUUGAACCUACAGGAAGUACACCUAUUAGUUUUACCGUCAAGUCUGCCGCACUAAAGGAAGCUAUAGAUGAUCUUGAAUGGCCCGGGUCAAGCAUUCUGCUAACCCUGCAACCAACCCCGCCAUCUGUUACCUUCAAAGGCCAAGGCCAUGGUGACUUACAGAUAGACUUUAUCCACCGCACGACUUCUGAUCUUGUUGCAUUUCAUUGCGAUCGCCUUGUCUCAUACAGGUACAAGUACAAAUUCCUUCAGGCGACAACUUCGAACAUGCCUAGUAGUGUCAUGAGGGAUAACAGAGGAAGCAAGUGUACAAUUGGCAGAAGUGGAAUGCUCAAAGUUCAGCAUCUCGCCUCACUUGCUAGACCAGCAGCUUCACACCCCCACUCUGAUUCUUCUGCAUAUCAUCUCCCCAGCCGUAUUGCGUAUAUUGAGUUCUUUGUCAAGCCAGAGGUGGAUGAUGAUGACGACGACGAGGAACACAAUGCAAACUAAUACUUAGGAUGCGUUUUAUCCCAAGCGGCUAUGCUACUUAUGAGAGGGUAUGGUUUAGAUAGUUGUCUAAUAUCUACAUUGUAAAUAGUACUUGAUUCGAUAUUUUUAGUGAUCAAAACCUCAAUCUAAAUCCUAGUAGGGUAAUAUUAUACGGAGUUUGAAAAAGAAACAGUAAAAAACCUGAACGGUA